AUGGAAGGGUGUUUGUUCGUCGUUAUCAUAAGUACUGGACGCUUAUCCUUCCACUUAGAGCUAUUACGCACUGUCGACUUGUCGCCGGCGACUCGGUCGCUCGGGCGACCAAAACAUAGGCAACAAGGCAGGAGACCAAGUCGAGCGACAGUAUUCCAAGUACAUUCGUGCAGAAUGGAUGUCGAAGAAGCUGCUAUAGUAGCGCUACUAAUCAAGAGAAAGAAAAAUAAAAGAAAAUCAAGAGAGUAUUGGGUACAUCCUUUGUUACAAGAACGAAGAUCAAAAGGAAUGUUUAAACUAUUUUAUGAAGACGUGAGAAAAUACCCUCAUAAAUUUUUCAACUACGCAAGAAUGUCUGUGCGUUCGUUUGAUGAGCUAUUGUGUCUUUUGAAACCACAUAUAACUGGCACAGAUACAAAUUUGCGACCAUGUGUUUCUCCGGAAGAAAAAUUAUGUAUAACUCUAAGGUAA